CCGUAACCUCGGCUGUGUCCAAGCUCAUGAUUAAAGAGCCCACCCUCCAUUGCUGACGUGGCGAUAUCUGAUUCGGCCAUUUCGUCUCGUCGGGAUUCAUACCAACACACCCAAUUAACAAUACCAGUCACUCUCACUCAUUUUUCUCUCUCUUUCUUUCUCUUUCUCUCUCAACUUGUGUUUUUUCUCUAUGCAGAAUUUCCCCAAUUUCUCCACUACCCUAUCUCUUCUGCUCCUCAAACUCCCACAUUCACACCCAGCAAUGCACGAUCUUCCGUACGAAUGCAAUUUUGAUAUUUAAUUUCCGACUUUUCCCUUCUUACCGCUGAAUUAGAAAUGCUAGAGGCAAUGGAAAGCUCAGUCAAUGGUGGGUUCUCCCAUUUGCAGAGCUGCGGAGACAGCAGCGAAGAGGAGUUAUCGGUGCUGCCACGUCACACCAAAGUCGUGGUAACCGGAAAUAACCGCACUAAAUCGGUGCUCGUUGGUCUUCAAGGUGUUGUUAAGAAAGCCGUUGGUCUGGGAGGAUGGCAUUGGCUGGUUCUUACCAAUGGUAUUGAAGUGAAGUUACAAAGAAAUGCCCUCAGUGUAAUUGAAGCACCCACGGGUAAUGAGGAAGAUGAUGAACUGGAAUUUGAAAAUAUGCAGUGGAAUGGAUCUGAUAUGGCAUCGGACGACACACAGAAGUCCCACAAACCGAGGCACAGAAUGCAUAGAACAUUGGGAUCAUCUCAUCACAAGACCAUGAGUAGGUCCUUCUCUGGCGAUUCACACUCAAAGGGGUCCGUUUCUAUGCCUCAUGGGUCCGCGGUGGACUUGAGCAAACUUGAAAUGGCUGCAUUGUGGAGAUAUUGGCGACAUUUUAAUCUUGUGGAUGCGGUCCCAAACCCAUCAAAAGAGCAGCUAGUAGACAUUGUUCAGAGGCAUUUCAUGUCACAGCAAAUAGACGAGUUGCAAGUGAUUAUGGGAUUUGUCCAAGCUGCAAAGAGGCUCAAGACAGUGUGCAAAUAGAUGAAAUGAAGCGAGAAAUGAUAUUUGAAAAGUUCAAGUAUCUAUGCUAACAAAGAUAAUGUAUGUAAUAUCCACUUCCCAUCGUAUUAUGCUAUCGGUGAUUUGUAACUUUCUGAUAUAGUAGAGUAGGUUAGUAAUUUGAGGUUAUAGAGGUUCUUACUCUUUUGUAGCCACCCCAGUUGUGUAGAUAUAAAUGACAUUGCAACUGGAUCAUAGGGAAGUCUCCCGGGCUUUCUUUACAACUUGAUUCAAUGUAUUGCUGAUCUGGGAAGUGGGUUUUCAGAGACCUUAAUGUAUAUAUAUUUUCAGUUUCUUUCAA